AUGUGGAUUUUCCUGCUUUGGAUCCUUUUCCCAGGUGGCUGGGCAGUGACAGGUCCUACACAGGUGAUGGUGAACCAGGGCAGCUCAGUGGCAGUGUCCUGCAGCUAUGAGCCAGGCUAUGAGCUCUACUCCAAGUUCUGGUGCCAGAGGGGCUUCCUCGGUCUUUGCACCUGCGUCAUCCAAACCAAUGGCUCGGAGGUGACAGUGACACAGGACAGGGUGUCCAUCAAGGAUAACCAUGCAUCACACUCGUUCACGGUGACUCUGGACCAUGUCACGCUGGAGGAUGCAGGCUGGUACUCCUGCGGGGUGAAAAGGAAGAUCUUCAGCCUGAAGCACAGCACCAAGGUGAUCGUCUCCAAAGGUAAAGCCAGCCUAGGAGCUAAGCAGGGGUGUGUGAUGGAGCCCAUCACCUGGGAGAGGGGAUCCCAGCGGGGGGUCAUGGGGGUUGUCAAAGUGGGAGCAAGCACCUUGCAGGCACUGAGAUGUGCUGGAGGCUGCCCCAGUGCAGGUUUGGAUGAGGGAUGGAGGAGGCUGCACAGAGCAGAGCCUCUCCCUUGCUCCCUUCAGCCUCUAUGGCUGCAGUCUCAGGGCAGAGGCCCUGGGGUGCAGGAGGGGUCUCUGCUUUGCUCUCUCUUUUGUUUCACAUCUGUUUCAUCCACAGCCAAAGGCAGUGAUGUGAGCCCGCUGGUCACCACGGCCUUUGGGGACCCUCCAGUGCUGUCCCAGCUCAGCAUCACCUACCUGCUGCUCAUCCUCUGCAUAAAGGUGCCCAUGGUGCUGCUCCUGGUGUGUGUGGCUGUCUGGGGAAGGAGCCAAUGCAGGAGCCGUGGCCAGGAGAUCCUGCAGCUCCGAGGCAGCUGGUACCAGGGCACCGGGAUGCCCAAAACCACCACAGAGGCACCCUCCUGCCCCUUUACCCACCACUGUGCUGGGGUUGUGCUGCCCAUCACUACCACCCUGCACCAGGAUGUGCUCGGCUCCAUGGACUUCUCCCCCUGUGAAGCUUUGGCCCCUCCUGGCAGUCCCUGA